GCGCGCGCCGUCACUCCGGCUGUCUCUUAUUAAGCUAACGACCUGUUUUUUUUUUUCUUUUGCUCGUCGUCUAGUUGUCUUACUGGUGAGGGAUUGGCUCUGCACGAUAAAACCAGCAUUCGCUAUUCUUCGAGACUCAUUCGCUGCUGAGUUGCAAGUUGGUCUGAGCUUUCCGCUAUGCUUAAUCAGUGAUCACUCAGGCGAAAACACCUGUAGCUUGUGUAUGUGAGUGUAUGUGAGUGUAAGAGUGUGUGUGCGUAUGUGUCCGUGCACGCGAUCCACACGGACCUCGUUAUUUCCGAGCGGAAGGUAACCGUGAUCUGCAGUCCGAGGUCUCGAGGUUUCGUGAACUUUUGAUUAUCUUGCUCUAAGGAAUAUAGAGUGGGAGUGUGCACCGGUGCAGAUACUGAACUUCACUCUUCUGCAUAAGUUGGACAAGAAGGUAUACAAAUGCUUUCCGUCCAGCCGGACACCAAGCCAAAGGGCUGUGCCGGCUGCAACCGGAAGAUCAAGGACCGCUACCUGCUGAAGGCCCUGGACAAAUACUGGCACGAGGACUGCCUAAAGUGUGCAUGCUGUGACUGCCGCCUUGGCGAGGUGGGCUCCACGCUGUAUACCAAGGCCAACCUCAUCCUCUGCCGACGGGACUACCUCCGGUUGUUUGGCGUGACGGGGAACUGUGCAGCCUGCAGCAAGCUCAUCCCAGCCUUCGAGAUGGUCAUGCGAGCCAAGGAGAAUGUCUAUCACCUGGACUGCUUUGCCUGCCAACUCUGUAACCAGAGGUUUUGCGUGGGGGACAAAUUCUUCCUAAAGAACAACAUGAUCCUGUGCCAGACAGACUACGAAGAGGGGCUGAUGAAGGAAGGCUAUGCCCCGCAGGUCCGCUGACCUCUACGUGACACUUUUGCUUGUGGGGAGAGAGCUAGGAGAGGACCUGAAAGGGGACAUGCAGUCAAAUACCAAAAGCACUACCAUCCUCUCCAGUCCUUAUCCUUGAUAAUGUACAUAAGAAACGCCCACUAUGGGGCACUGCUGUACAGAAUAGCCAUAGAGACUUGUUGUGAGUGGGGAGGGGGGUUUCUCAGAUUCCCCUGAGCAAAGUGGCACUGGUCUUGGAUAUUGCUGUGGCUCUUUUAAAAUGACCCUUCUUCUCCCCUAACCCUAAGACCCACGGCCUCAUGGAGACAAUCCACCCCAAGGUCUGACAACUCGCACACCUAAACAUAAAUCAAACCCUGCAACAACAAAAAAAUAAUAAUAAUAAUGCAAGCAUACUUUUAGACCCCUCUCCACUGACCCCCAUUUCACUCUCAGGCUAAGGACCAUAAUGGAAAAAGGGAAAACAAUCAUUGAGUGAUGAAAAAGUAUAAAUGUAGUCCUGUCAGCUGGGAGCGAGGGAGCCAUGUCAAUAUAAGAUCUCAGGUUGAGGGGAUUUCCUUAUUUCUAUUACUUUGCUUCUCUUUUCAUUUAUGAGAAAAAGCCGUGUCCAGCUGAGCACAACUCAGCGCUUUUUUCUUGCCUCUUUCCUAUUGGUUCAGCAGAUCUGCUGGAAUCGCUACACUGACGCAACUUUAUUACUACGAUUAUUCAUGUUCUGCUUGCUUUGUAUGUAAAAAACAGCCUCCAGAGAUCAAUGUAUGGACACUGUAGGGAUAUGGCACACAAGUCAGUUUGUUAUGUGGGGGGGGGGGGGGGGUGUAUGGUGUCUGAUUUACUUCUUUUAUAUAAUGUAUUUAUUUGAAAACCUUUGGGGUUUUUUUCUUUUGUUGUUGUUGAGCAUCAUACUGAGGCUUUGUCCUUGACAUGUUUAUACUUGACUUGGAUCACUGUUCAGUUUGCUGAGCCUUUCGUCCAGACAUCAAGUCUGGCUUCAUUACCGCACAUUGACAAACAAUUGGAGUCACAUAGUCAGGUCACAUAAACCAGAGGUGUGUAACCUCCGAUUUACUGGCUUUGACAAGUUUGUCGAUGUGCAUGUUAACGCUACUGUACCACGUUUAAACAGCAUCCAACUGAUACUUCAGUUACUUUAUGAACAUGUGGGCAAAGCCUCAAGAAAAGACACACUGAUUUGUAUAUGGUGGUUGUAAAUAUAAAAAAAAAUUAAAAGUAUUCCUUUUGGCUUGCUAAUAAAUAAUUUUUCUUUUAAGUGACA